UGAACCAUUUUGUUAAUAUUUUUAUCAAAUCGAAGUUGGACACAUAUCCCUGGUAAAUCUUACCAUGUUUUUCAACCACUUUUCUGUAUUACCGCGUUUACUCCUAUUUCAGCCACAGAUGCAUUUUAAAUAAUGCUGAAGAGCUCCAUAGUCUGCUUGCUUCCUCGCUGCUUAGUUUCUCGCCCAUCUUCGAGAACGAAUUUCUUGAGCAAAAUGAGCACAUCACCUGAACCAUUGUGCCCCAAGUUCAUUCCCAUCGAAAAGAGUGGAUCAGCUUCAAUUAGCAAACCUGAAGGUUUCAAGUUCAGUAUCGUGUCUUAUAACAUUUUGGCUCAGGCUUAUGUAAAGAGUGCUUUAUUUCCACACUCCCCGUCACCAUGUCUCAAGUGGAAAGCCCGAUCUCAAGCAAUCUUGACCGUUCUUAAAGGCAUAGGGUCAGAUUUUCUUUGCUUACAGGAACUGGAUGAGUACGAUAGCUUCUAUAAAAAAAUUAUUGAGUGUUUUGGCUAUUCAAGUAUCUAUGUUCAAAGAGGCGGGCAGAAGCGUGAUGGAUGUGGAAUCUUUUAUAAGCCAAAAACGUAUGAAGUAUCACUUAACUUGGAACUUAAUUUUUUAAGAAUGUAAUCUAUGCUCUAAAAUAAACAUUAAGAGUUCCUCAUUUUCCUGUAUUAGUUCCCCUUCUGAUUCUGACUUCCUGUCCCCCCUUAUUUUGUUAUUGAAUAUCAUCUUUGUUAUGGUCUAGACACUAGACCAUGUGAGUGCUUUUGUGUACAAGAAGUCAAGAAAUAGGAUGACUCCUUACACUCUUAUGCAUUUUGUGAACAA